AUGUCGAAUUCUGAAGCAGCAGCAAAAUCUUCUGCAGAAGAUACAAAUUCCGAAACCCGUCGUCUAAUAGUCGUUUCCAACCGCUUACCGAUUACUAUCAAGCGUAAAGAUAAUGGUACUUACGACUUUAGCAUGUCUUCAGGUGGCCUGGUCAGUGCCUUGAGUGGUCUGAAGAAAUUGAUGACAUUUCAAUGGUUAGGAUGGUGUGGACAAGAAAUUCCCGAAGAAGAAAAGCCCAUGAUUGUCGAGCGACUGCAAAACGAGUACAGUGCAAUUCCCGUUUUCUUAGAUGAUGAACUUGCUGAUCGUCAUUACAAUGGGUUUAGUAACAGUAUUUUAUGGCCAUUGUUUCACUACCACCCUGGCGAAAUUAGCUUUGACGAGGAGAACUGGGAGGCGUAUAAGAAAGCCAAUAUGGCCUUUGCCGAGGCCAUUGUUAAAAGCUUACGCGAUGGUGAUUUGAUUUGGGUGCAGGAUUAUCACCUUAUGAUGCUACCUCAGUUACUUCGUGAAUUAAUUGGAAACAAGUUGAAAAACAUCAAAAUUGGUUGGUUCCUCCAUACUCCAUUCCCGAGUAGUGAAAUUUACCGUGUUUUACCCGUCCGCAAUGAAAUUCUUGAGGGUGUUUUGAAUUGCGAUUUAGUCGGAUUCCAUACAUAUGAUUACGCUCGCCACUUUCUUUCUGCCUGCUCUCGAAUCCUUGGUCUUAGUACAUUGCCAAAUGGCGUUGAAUACAAUGGUCAAAUGGUAAGUGUCGGGACUUUCCCCAUUGGAAUUGAUCCAGAAAAGUUUGCAGAUGCUUUAAGAUCUGAUGCCGUUCAAGAACGGAUUACCACGGUGGAACGUCGGUUACAAGGUGUCAAAGUCAUUGUUGGUGUUGACCGUCUUGAUUACAUCAAAGGUGUUCCUCAAAAAUUCCAUGCUUUCGAAGUUUUCUUAGAACAAUACCCCGAAUGGGUAGGCAAAGUCGUGUUGGUUCAGGUUGCAGUGCCAUCACGUCAAGACGUAGAAGAAUAUCAAAACUUACGAGCUGUUGUCAACGAACUCGUUGGACGUAUUAAUGGCCGCUUUGGAACCAUAGAAUAUACCCCAAUUCACUUUUUGCACAAGAGCGUUCGAUUUGAAGAAUUGGUCGCUCUGUACAACAUUUCGGAUGUAUGUUUGAUUACCUCUACCCGCGAUGGUAUGAAUUUGGUUUCGUACGAAUAUAUCUGCACUCAGCAACAGCGUCACGGUGCUUUGAUUCUCAGUGAGUUUGCUGGUGCAGCUCAAUCCCUAAAUGGCAGCAUUGUAAUUAACCCUUGGAAUACGGAGGAGUUGGCAAAUGCCAUUCAUGAAGCAUUAACCUUGCCAGAUAACCAGAGAGAUGCAAACCAACAAAAGCUGUAUCGAUACGUCAGUAAAUACACUAGUCAAUUCUGGGGUCAAAGCUUUGUUGGUGAAUUGCAGCGCAUUCAACAUUACAGCCAUCCCAAGAGACCGACUCCUGUGUUGAAGACGAAGUCUGCUCAAAUCCUUUCCAUGGCCAAUGACUAA